AUGCGCGCGCUGGGCGUCGCGUGCGCGUGCGCGCUCGCGCUCGCGUACGUCGCGGCGCUGUUCGCGACGACGGCGAUCGACGACGACCGAGACGACGCGCGGGUCAUGAAACGGCGCUUUGCGUCGCUGAGCGUCGUGUGCGCGCUCGCGUGGGCGCCCGCGCGCGUCGCGAGCGACGAAACGAUGACGCUCGACGCUUGGCGUCGAACGCUCGGGCUCGCGCCGCCGUUAGGGGAGGCGCGAGCGGUGGCGUACGGGAUGAGCGUGGCGCUCGCGGCGACGCUCGGCGAGACGGCGGCGCGCGCGAGAGAAGGACGACGAGACGGACGACGGACGAGGCGGACGACGCUCGCGGCGUUCAGGGAUUACGCGCACGCGCCGCUGUGCGAGGAGUGGUGCUUCAGGGCGUGCGCGCUGGCGACGCUGAUGCGAUCGGGGGCGAGCGCGGCGAGCGCGAGCGCGCUCUCGAGCGCGCUCUUCGGCGCGGCGCACGCGCAUCAUUAUUUCGGCAUGCGCGCCAAGGGCGCCGACGCUCGAACCGCGCUUCGCGCGUCGGCGACGCAGUUCGCGUUCACGUUCGCCUUCGGGCUCGCGGCGUGUCGCGUCUUCUUGCGCCGCGAGUCGUUAUCCGCGGCGACGGCGUGUCACUGCGUCUGCAACUACGUCGGCGCGCCGUCCGCGCGCGCCUUUCGCGACGCCCGCGCCGUCGCCGCGUCCGCGCUCGGUGUAUCGUUAGCCUUAGUUUUGUUAGUCUUCGCGUGA